UCUUCUGUGUAAACGGAAGUGAACAGUGACCAAGAACAAUUUCCACAUUUGCGUUUUUAUUUGGACGUUUAUUGACACCAUGGAAAUCAAAAUAUGACAAAUUUAACCGCACAGCAUCACAUACUUAGCCCAUAUAGUCUUUAAUUCUCGUUGGAUAUAGGACUUAGUUGAUAGAUGUUAUCUACCUAGCUGCUAACAAUGGCUAACUGUAUGGUUUUUCACACUCAAAUAGCCUCCAUCAUGGAGGUGCUAGCGAAUGCAGCCGUGGCAGACAUUUGUAAACUCGUAGACGACGACUAUGCAGUGUUUCGUUUGGAAAUUUCUCAAAGCCAGAAAGAAAACAAGACACUGCGGAGGAAACUACAGCUGCUGGAACUGAAGGUGGCACGGGAGCGCGUCCCCGCCAGUCAUCCCAGUAGUGUCAAGAUCCUCGACCGACACCGAAGCAUAGCAAGAGGUGAAGGACAUCUCACUGGAGGCCACAGGAGGGUUGUGAAGCCAGCACAACACAAUACAUGGAGAGAUGACCAACCAAUCACUGUUGAUGAGAGUGGAACCUCAACCCAGCACGUCAUCAUGAUAGAGUCUGCAGAUGCAGAAGCUGCAGGUCCUGGGGUUAAGCAGGAGAGGUCUGAAGGAGAGGAUGACCUACGGCACAGUAGAGACAUCCAGACUGGAGUGCCCCCUGUAGCCACGGAGGACCCCACCACUGCCCCAGCACAGCCCAGGAGCCGACACAGCAUCACGGAGGAGGGACUAGAGGUGCUGCUGGUAAAGGAGGAGGCUCUGGGGAACCCUGAGGGGAACAUGGUCAUGGCGGACAACCAGACUACACCUCCUCCUGAACUCACAGAGGAACCAGCUGAGCAGCACAGGACCACACACAGUCUCACUGAGUCAGUAGACAUGGAGGAUGGGAAGCCUGAUCUGCUGCUGGUCAAAGAGGAGACAAUAGAAGACGGACCAGAGAGCAUUGACCUGCUGAGUGGACUAAAGAUGGGGGAGCAAGGUGGUUGGGUGGAGGCUAACAGAGGAGACUGGGUGGCCAUCUUGGAUUCCCAGACUCAGACGGGUGCAGCCAAGGGCCUGGGGGACAACAUCACUGAGCAGGCCAGGACCAGAGGCGACAUAGUGGACGUCAGCGGCUGGGACAGCAUCCUCAAUUCUGGGCUGGGGAACAACACUGUUGACCACAACCAGGAACAGACAAUGGAACACAAAACAACGUACGAAUUUAGUCUCCAUGACAACAGACUGGCCGAGACCAGGGUGAGGUGUAGAUUUGGUCUGCGUGGACAGAGAGGUGUCCGUAUGCAACGGGAGAGAACAGAAACAGACUCUGUUAACGAUGCUCCGUCCUGCUCCUAUAGUUGUGAUUCAGAGAGACUGAUGGCGCCUCAGGUUAACUCGCUAACAGAUGCUGCCUUCAGCAUACCUUCUAUAGGAUCUAUCAACUGGAACAUGGACCCUGCGACAUCACAGACACCCCCUGACCUUCGUCCUCCUCACACUCUCCUAAUGUUAAACCAAACCUCAGACAAUGCCAGUGCCUCAACACUAAAUGGCUACACAAGCCCAUUGACAAAUUACAGAAUUAGGAUUAAUGCUGUCAGUCGAUCUGGUGGCAAAGAGAAGCGCUUCCCGUGUUCGUUCUGUGGGAAAGCCUUCAGUUUCCCAAAACAGGUGCAGAUCCACCAGAGGGUCCACACAGGGGUAAAACCCUUCAGUUGUACCCAGUGUCACAUGUGCUUUGCUCAGACUGGUGACCUGAAGAGGCAUCAGAGGGUACACACAGGGGAGAAACCCUACAGCUGCCUCCAGUGUGAGAAGAGGUUCUCCCGCAAGCACCAGCUGAAUAGGCACCUGAAGGUUCACACAGGAGAAAGGCCGUUCGCCUGUACACACUGCAGGAAGAGGUUCUCAGAGAGGAGCUGCCUCAGGAUACACCAGCAGAAUGACCAUUCCACUGUAUAACAUAGAAAGGAACCGUAUCACUCAAUACCUUCUGAGGUUUAGAUUAAACCCAGCAGUAAAGAGAAAGAAUAAUUGUCAUUGUUGUCAGCAGGAAAGAUCCACAGAUGCAUUUAGAAUAUCGAGAGUAACAGAUAUUCUUUGGUAGAAUAUGCAUCCAGACAUUGUGUGAUAUACACUGAAUGCACAAAACAUUAAGAACACCUUCCUAAUAUUUAGUUGCACCCCCCUUUUUGCCCUCAGAACAGCUUCAAUUUGUCGGGGCAUUGACUCUACAAGGUGUCGAAAGUGUUCCACAGGAAUG